AUGCUCAUCCUGCUCACGCACAUGAGCGUGCUGCCAAAGCCGCUGCCGGCGAGCGGGCUCACCAAGGGAAGUACAGUUAUCCCGACGAUCGCAAGGCGAGACGGCGGCAACGUCGAGCAGAUGCUUCGGAAGCGGGAGGAGAUGCUGUCGGCAGGCCUCUACCCGGGAGUCGACUAUCUGAUUGAGGACGUGUCGACACAGGGUGGUGGCGUCGUGGUGAGCGUGCGCCCGGCCUACGACCUGGUCAAGAAGCUGGAGCGCAGCGACUGGCCUGUGUCGGUGCCGUUCAGCCUCGCUCCCCGCUGGUACACGCCGCGAGCGUACAACACGCUAGUCGCCUCCUUCGCGGCACUCAUCGCGGUCGGAUGGCUGGCGGUCGGCGCGCUCCUCGCCUCCGCCCUCACGCUCUCGGUCGUGCCGAGCGACUCGAUGCUGCCGGCGGUGCAGCGUCGCGACGUGCUUCUCGUCGACAAGGUGUCGCCGCGCCUCGGCUGGCGGCCCGAGUCCGGCGAGCUCGUCCUCUUCCGCCCGCCCGACGCGCUGCGGGAGAUUGUCCGCCGCCAGUCCGCCGCUGCCGGCGGCGGCGAGGGGCGGGGAGAGGCCCUCUUCCUCAAGCGAAUCGCGGCGCGCGGCGGCGACGCGGCCUCGCCGCCCGAGGUGGAGGUCUUCCCCGACGGCGCGGCGACCAUAGACGGGCGGCGCAUCCGGAGCGCGGUGGCGGCAGACAGCCCCGUCGCGCGCUUCGUCGCGCCCACGCGCUUCUCCCUUGCUGACGACGCUUACGUCGUCCUCGGAGACAACGAGGCGGUGAGUGUCGACUCGCGCUGCUGGGGCCCGCUGCGGCAGCGGGAGGUGGCCGGGAGGCCGCUGCUCAGGGUGCUGCCGCCCGGCCGGUUCGGCGUCGUGAAGUGA